UUAAAAAAGUCUUCUCAAAAGAAAGUUAUUCGUCACUAUUUGCCCGAUCUUCCAUUGCCAAGCAGUGCGUCUCAGGAGCCAGAGCUGUGGAAGCGCUUUUGGUAUGGUAAUUUUAUUUCAAAUUUAAUAAGAAUACAGCACAGUUUCACUAAGUUUUUUUGUACUCAUGUACAUGGUUAUGAAACGUUUUUUCAGUGAUACGCGAAGGAAACCAUUUCUGUCUUGCGAUAUAUGUAAGUGGUUGCUUUCAUUUUCAGGAUCAAUAGAACCGAAAAACCCUCCAUUUUACAAGAAGAAUUGGCAGCCUGCAACAGAGGCCUAUACCCAAAAAUCCACACAAUUUUGCGACUCCUAAAGAUAGCCCCUGUGAAAAGUGCAACUGUGGAACGUAGCAACUCAUCACUGCGCUUUGUAAAGAGUUGUUUUAGAGGCACCGUGAGAGAAGACCGCCUUAACGCACUGUCGCUGCUCUUUAUUCACAAGGACGUUGCUCUGGAUUAUGAUGCAAUUAUUGACGACUAUGCCAAGCGCAACAAGAGAAGGAUGACAUUUAUCAAUCCCCUGCAAUGA